UCAAGCUCUUCACUAAAAUACUUCACCAUUAGUUUUUGCCUUCCAAGCUCAUGGAAAACAUAAUGACUAGUGCUACUUUUACACUCCCUUUCCUUUGGUUUGCCUUGCUAGCGACCAUUAUCAGUCUAGGCCCUUGCCAAGGAAGUCUCAGUGGCGAUUGCAUCCAGAGUGAAAGAGAAGCUCUUUUGAACUUCAAACAUGACCUCAUCGAUCCUUCUAACCGGCUUGCUUCUUGGGGUGGUGAUGUGGACUGUUGUGGAUGGUCUGGAGUAAUCUGUGACAAUCUCACCAGCAAUGUUCUUGGGCUCCAUCUUGGAAGUCUUUCUCAGGAAGAGUAUUAUGCCUUUAAUGCCACUGCUGACUAUUAUGAAUAUCGGGAAACGUCGAUAUUCGGAGGUAAGAUUAGUCGAUCUUUACUCAACUUGAAGCAUUUGAAAUACCUGGACCUGAGCAACAAUGAUUUUGGAGGAAUUUCUUUUCCCAAAUUCCUUGGCUCUAUGGAAAGCUUAACACACCUUAACCUCUCUAGCGCAGGAUUCGGAGGAAUGAUUCCUCAUGAACUUGGCAAUCUCUCAAAUUUGCAGUAUCUUAAUCUCUUUAGUCCUUAUCCUGAAACAUAUGUUGAGAAUUUGAAUUGGAUUUUUGGUCUUUCUUCCUUACAAUUCCUUGAUAUGACUUUUGUGAAUCUCAGUCAAGCCACCAAUUGGUUGAGUUCUUUGGAAGAAUUACACUUUUCAUGGUGUCAUCUUCCUAAUGUUCCUCCGCUCCUAAAUGUCAACUUUUCAUCUCUUUCCGUCCUUGAUUUGUCUUGUAACUUUUUUCAAGGUCCCGUGCUUCAUUUUGUUCAAAACAUUACUUCACUCAAGGCACUUGAUCUAUCUUCUAACCUUUUUAAUUCUUCCAUACCUGAUUGGUUAUAUGGUUUUAGCCAACUUGAGCUCCUCAAUCUUCGUAGGAAUCAAUUGCAAGGUGAAAUUUCGAGUGAUACUGGAAACCUGACUUCUUUAGUUAGCCUUGACUUGUCUUGGAAUGAACUUGAGGGAAGAAUACCUUCGUCGUUCCAAAAUCUUUGUAAUUUGAAGUCACUCUUUUUGUCGGAGACCAAAUUAAGCCAAGAAAUAAAAAACAUCUUUGAAAUUCUGUCUUGUGUUUCAAAUGUGCUAGAGGAACUAUAUUUAAGCAAUUGUCAACUAUCUGGUCCACUUCCCAUCUAUCUAGGAGAUUUCACCUCGGUGAGAGCUUUAUACCUCUCUGAUAACAACCUGAAUGGAACUCUCCCCUUUAGUUUUGGAGGACUUAGAGAACUAAAAGAAGUCGACAUUUCUUAUAAUUUAUUGGAGGGUGAUGUCACUGCAGUUCACUUUUCAAAUAUCACUAAAUUGUCCAGUUUUUUGGCUUCUGGGAAUCAAUUGAGGUUGAAAGUGGACCCCAAUUGGAAUCCCCCUCCUCAUAUUUCUGAAAUGGAUUUGGGGUCUUGGACAAUCGGGCCUCACUUUCCCUACUGGAUUCGUUCAUUAAAGUAUUUAUCAUUUCUAAAUUUGUCAAAUUCAGGAAUUGCUAGCACCAUCCCUGUUUGGUUCUGGAAAUUGUCUUACAAUUUUUUGUACUUGAAUAUCUCCCACAACCAAAUCCAUGGAGUAAUUCCAAAUAUAUCAAAUCUUCCUCCAAGUUAUGACCGGGAAGAAUUUGGCUCAGUGGUGGACUUGGGCUCGAAUAGGUUCCAGGGUCCAUUGCCAUGUAUGUUCUCCAACGCCAGUGUGUUAUAUCUUUCCAAUAAUUCAUUUUCUGGACCCUUAUCCGUGUUCUUAUGUUACAAAAUGCAUGAGCCUGGGCAUUUGAACAUUCUAGACCUUGGAGGAAAUCUUUUAUCCGGUGAAAUCCCAGAUUGUUGGACAAAAUGGAAAUGGCUGAGGGUUUUAAUUUUAAGAAACAACAAACUUAAUGGCAACAUUCCUUGGUCCAUUGGAACUUUAAGGCAUCUCGAUUCACUGCAUCUUCGCAGCAACAACCUCUCGGGCGAAAUUCCAUCGUCACUUCAAAAUUGUACAGGAUUAUCCAUUUUAGACUUUGGUGAAAAUAGAUUAGAAGGAAGUAUUCCAAAAUGGAUGGGGGAAAAACUAUCAAGUAUGAUUAUUCUCAAUCUCCGUACAAAUAAAUUUCAUGGCCACAUACCUAAACAGUUAUGUUUAAUGACUUCUUUACGUAUUUUGGAUUUUGCUGAUAACAAUCUUUCUGGUACCAUACCCAAGUGUCUCAACAACUUCAAUGCAAUGGUUAAUAAGCGUGAUUCCAUGUAUCUUCCUGGGGUGAUAUCUUAUGGUACAUGGGAAUUUUUGGAGAGCAUCUCCAUUGUCACAAAAGGGAGCAUGAAUGGAUAUACCAGCAUUCUCGGAUUCGUGAGAAGUAUAGAUAUUUCCAAAAAUAAACUAGAGGGAGAGAUUCCUAAGCAAAUAACAAGCCUAGAAGCACUGCGAUAUUUGAAUUUGUCCCAAAAUUUCUUGACCGGAAGAAUUCCUUCAAAUAUGGGUGCUAUGGAAUCAAUAGAAGUAGUGGAUUUGUCUCAAAAUCAAUUAUUUGGUGAAAUCCCUCAAAGCCUAGUGAAUUUGACAUUCCUGAGCAAUUUAAACUUAUCCUUCAACAACUUGAGUGGGAUAAUCCCUUCCAGCACUCAAUUACAAAGCUUGAGUUCAUCGAACUUCAUGGGCAAUGAGGAGCUUUGCGGACUUCCUCUUAAAAAUUGCAGUGUUGAUCCUGCUACUCCUCCCAUUGGAAUAGAAAGAGGGGAAGAUGACAAAGGUUCUGAAUCAUUUCCUUGGUUCUAUUUCUAUGUGAGCAUCGUGCCUGGAUUUGUGGUGGGGUUUUGGGUAGUGUUGGCUCCUUUAAUGUUUAACAGAAGAUGGAGGCUUUUAUACUUUAAUUUUCUAGAUCGUUUGUGGGAUAAAAUUGUGUGUAGUUUUAUGUAAAUAUUGUUAAAAGUUGUAAAAGGUCGUGGUUUCUAUAAAAAAAAAAAAAAAAAUUGUGUGAAAUGGGCUAUGCAUGUCUGCAAAAGUGAGUUAGAAAACUUAGCUUUAUAUUUGUCAUGAGGGGUGGCUUUGUAUUGUUGUGCAGUUGUUUUGUAAUUUUGAAUUGUGUUUAAUAAAAAUUGAGAAGUCUUGUGA